CAGCAUGGAAGCCAUCGCCAAGUUUGAUUUCAGUGCUUCUGGAGAGGAUGAGUUAAGCUUCCAGGCUGGGGAUAUGCUGAAGAUUUUGAGCUCCCAGGAAGAGUGGUACAAGGCUGAGCUCAGAAGUCAAGAGGGCUACGUUCCUAAGAACUUCAUUGAUUUUCACGUUCCCCCCUGGUUUGAUGAGAGGAUAUCCCGCCACGAAGCAGAGAACAUCCUUAUGAGCAAAGGAGUUGGCUCCUUCAUUGUCCGAGCCAGUCAGAAUUCUCAUGGUGAAUUCUCCAUCUCUGUCAGGCAUGAAGAUGAUGUGCAACACUUCAAAGUGAUGAGGGAUUCCAAGGGUAACUAUUACCUGUGGACAGAGAAGUUCCACUCACUAAACAAGCUGGUGGACUACUACAAGACAACUUCCAUCUCCAGGCAGAAGCAGAUCUUCCUGAGGGACAACAGCCGAGAAGAGAAGGAGAGGCGUGGUGGGAGCUUGGAAAGGAUGGGCCGGGAAGGAUUCCACCUGGGUGGAGCAGCUGGAGAUGAUCAUUCUUCUAUAGCCAAGAGAUACGUAGAGCAUCCUAUCCCCAUACUGCAGCAGCAACAGGAUAGAUAUGGUGGGAGUCUGGACAGGAAAGAUGGGCUGCAUGGACUAAGGGAUCAUGGCCAAGGAAGUGCAGUAGCUAUGCAACGGAGACACACAGACCCACUGCACCAGCAGACACCGCGAACGCUAUGGGUCCGUGCCUUGUACGACUUUGAUGCUAUGGAGCACGACGAGCUGGGCUUCCGCAGUGGAGACAUCUUAGAGGUCCUGGACAGCUCCAACCCAUCAUGGUGGAAAGGACGUCUCCGUGGGGAACUGGGUCUCUUCCCUGCCAACUACGUCACGCCAGUGCCCCUGUGAGGGCACAGUAUGCCCCAGAGGGCCAUAGUGGAGCUGCUUUUCUGACAUGACAGGGACAGAGAAGGAGUGCAUCUUCCCUUGCCCUCAGGACAUACAGUGGUUUUGGUUUUGUCUUAAUUUAUUGGCAAUUGAUCUUUUGAAACAUUGGUAUGAAAGGGAACGCUUUGAAGAGGAUAUGAAUUUUUCCCCCUGGUUUUUUUCACAUCUAUGAAGGGAAGGGAGAAAAAAUCCUGGACUGUUCAUUGAGACCUUGCUGGAUCCUCCCUGCCCUGUCACUUCUUUGGCUAAGUAUUGAUAACUUCCUGCAAUUAGGUUUGUUCUGUGGAAAUGCACCUCUGGCAAGUCAGGCUUCAGUAUUCAGGUAGCCCUACCCCUUCCUUUUGGAUCUGGUAGCACUCACAGUCUCUUCAGGCUCCAUUUCACCUCUCUUUCAGAGGCAGAAGGAACACCCAGGUGAAUUAAAUGAUAAUUGGUAAUCACAUUAAUCCUUCAGGUAGGGAAGGAAAGUGAGAGGGUCUUAAGUUGAGAUACAAGGCAACCUUGAUGUUUCUGAAUAGCUUCUAGCUUACCCCCCUAGUACUUUCUGUGGGUGUGGACUGUACGGAUAUACAACAUGAAGGAAAAGAAUCUGGUAAGCUUUUGUACAAACAAAACAGUGGUGAAGGUAUGGGAGGGUGAGAAGCUACUUUCUUUGCUUCUUCUGAUAGUGCUGCUCCUCUUUCUGCACCCCAUAACAACAAAUAGUCCCAUUUUCAAGCUGCUCUCUGAGGUAGCUACACUUCUGUUAGACAUCUUGAUUAGAGCAGGUCAGGCCCUUCAACUAAAUUAAUAUCCACUGUUUUGGAUAACAAUGAAUAUCCCUCACUGGUUCCUUUUGUAAAACUGAAUUGGGGAGGGGUUGGAGAGAAGAGGUUUUUCUGGUUUGGUGGCAGAAGUUCUUUCCCUGAGAUCAUGGGGUGAUCAGGAUCACUGUGUACACAACUCUGACUUGCUAGUGGAAUGCCUCAUCCAACAGGUUAAGCUGUUACUUUACAGUA